AUGCCCCAGGCUUCUCCGAGAAUUCAUAUCAGCGAGCCGAGCACCCAAAGCUACUUUGAGUUAGGCGACAAGCACAUCAGCUACGACCUAGAUGAGCCUGUGAUACAGCAUGGAGAUACUUCUCAGAAAGAAGGCAAUAGUGAUGAAGCGGGCGAUGUUCCGAGUGAGAGCUCCAAUGUCAAAGCGAGCCAAACGAAACUAUUAUAUAAAGAGCUCCUUCCUGUGCCGCUCCCGCAGCGAGGCCAACGGAACACGCUGGGAGCAGACAAGCCUCGAGCGGCACCUCGUUUUGACCGACCAGAACCGGGAAGCGAGAAGCUUCUAUGGAUACACAUUCCUUAUACACAUACUGGAUGGGUGCCUUCCAUACUUGCUAAAGCCUGUGCGGAUCGUGAAAUCCCACAUUUUCUGAGCAAAUUCAUAAAUCAGGAAAAUUGGUUCUCAAAGCUGAUCAGAGCUCGUCACCUCGAACCUCACGCUCGUUAUGUACGCCCUUCAUGCAUCCAUCCCCGGCAGAAUGACGCCUCGUCCACGAAUCCAUCAAGAGGGAUGGAGGAGCCUCAGCUUGCUCUAUAUAUGCCAUAUCUUCAUUGGGAUACAUACUGGAAUCUAACACAACGGCGGAAAGUUGUCGAAAACCGACUGCAGCAAGGAAGAUCUAGACCCGUACCCGACACGAUUUCCAAGUCACACUUGGAAACGAAAUUGAUUUGGAAGUUUCUAGGAAGCGAGCCUCCAAUUCACCUCAGGAGAACGCUGGAUCAGUUCGGAUAUCCGAAUCUGAGAUCUACCACUGCCAGAGAUGACGAUCAAAUGCUCUGGAAGCGGACCAGGAAGUCAAUUAAUCUCAGGGACGAACUAGGGGAUUCAGUAAAAACGGGGAGUGAUUCAGGUAUUCCGGACGUUUUUGAGGAUGGCAAGGUCCUCAUGGUAGACCAGCUAUGGCUUUGGAUCUUGGACCAGAGAACUGUCGUGACCUUUUUCCCCAACCAAGAGGCUACAACGUCCGAGGGUAAGCUCUAUGAACAAGCAAACCUACACAACAGUAUCUAUAAUGAACUCAAUGGAGAUCUGGCGCGGCGUUUCGAGACUGCCGGUGAUCUCGCUGCGCUCAUAGUACUACAUGCUGCCACUCUUUUGCUGGACAGGACCUUGCACCAUGACUUACAAGUCCUCCGAAUUUUUGAAGAGUCUAUCAGCAUCUUGACAGAAUCAUUGACCAAAUCAUUCAAGCGGUUCCGAAGUCGAGGAUUUAUCACAAACCCUGCUCAACACAACAAAACGGCUGAUGGAAGAACAAUGACCGAGGCGGAGCGUGAUGAAAGAGACGUGCGCGUAGCAAGACAGAACCGAGAAGACCUUUCUGCGCUACUGGAAUUGAGGGAUAUUAUGGACGAACUAGGGACGAUCAUGAAGCUUCUCGAACAACAAACCACAACAGUCAAGACCAUGGCUAGAUACUUCGAAGACAGGGGAUAUGGCAAGGUCUUUGUCGAAGCCUCGCUGGCCCGGCUCGACGAAUACCGCAUUCAAGUCCAGGAAAUGAGGGAGAACGCCAUCCUGGCUCAGAAAGCAGUAGAGAAUCUUCUGGAUCUGAAGCAGAAGCAAGCCAACGUUGAUGAAUCACGACUUGCUCGGUGGGAGGCAGAAGUAACCCAGACCCAGUCACGGUCCGUGAUGGUUUUUACAAUCUUCACUGUCAUAUUCUUACCUCUCUCUUUCUUCACCUCGUUAUUCGGCAUCAAUGUCCGAGAAUGGAGUGGCACAGAGACAAAUCCUGAUUUCCGUCAAAUGUUUCUGAUUGCAGGCCCGUCAUCCGUCGCAAUCAUCCUUAUCGCCCUACUCUUAGCCUUCAACGAAAGCCUCCGGGAAACGGUUUCCAAGGCACAUGCAAUUUUCUUCGGAAUGGCUAGAGACUUUCUCCUAACUCCUGCUAAGAAGGUUCUUCAUCUGUCCAGAUCUUCAGAACAGCCCUUGGAAGUGCCAGCGACCGAGACCUCUCAUGAAAAGAAUCGCUUUGAUCGCUAUCUGUCCUCCCGACGGUAUCGUAGGCAAUUAGAGGACGAUAUCUGGAAACAGCAUCCUGAUAGGGUGAUUUCGCCGCUGCCACCUGUGGCAGAGUAUGAGAUGGCCCCGCAGGGAUACGAUUAUUCGGCGAAGUUGAGACAACCGGGUCAGCGGGAAAUUUGGGCUUAG